UUCAGCCCCAGUUCAGCCCCAGUUCAGCCCCAGUUCAGUCCCUCCUCCUUUGCCAGAUGGAGCCACUUGCGUGCCACACGUCUCCAGCAGCCGGUGGGUGGAUCAUAGCAGCUAUCAAGGUGGUCUUUUAAGCUGUCAUGCUUCUGGUGAAGAAACAAAGGCUGCCGGAGGCAAUAAACAGAGUUAGAAGGAUCCCAGGAAUUAUCAGAUAUUCGAGGAAUGAGUGUGCCUCGUAUGUCUUCACGUGUGUGGGCUCGGCAUGCUCGGCGUUAUCCCAGGGCGCUGCCAGCUUGUGCCCAGCACACAGGACGGAUCAGUUCUGCACAGAGGUACCUGGCAAAGCUGUCUUCAGUGGGGAGCAUCUCCGAGGAGGAGACCUGUGAGAAGCUGAAGGGCUUGAUCCAGCGCCAGGUGCAGAUGUGCAAGAGGAACCUGGAGGUGAUGGACUCAGUGAGGCGUGGAGCCCAGCUGGCCAUCGAGGAGUGCCAGUACCAGUUCCGCAACCGCCGCUGGAACUGCUCCACGCUGGACACCCUGCCUGUCUUUGGCAAGGUGGUGACACAAGGGACGCGGGAGGCAGCGUUCGUCUAUGCCAUCUCUUCGGCAGGGGUGGCCUUCGCCGUGACCCGCGCCUGCAGCAGCGGCGAGCUGGACAAGUGUGGAUGUGACCGCACGGUGCAGGGGGGCAGCCCGCAGGGCUUCCAGUGGUCGGGCUGCUCCGAUAACAUCGCCUACGGCGUGGCCUUCUCGCAGUCCUUCGUCGACAUCCGCGAGAGGAGCAAAGGGGCCUCUUCCAACAGAGCGUUAAUGAACCUCCACAACAACGAGGCAGGGAGGAAGGCCAUCCUGAACAACAUGCGGGUGGAGUGUAAGUGUCACGGUGUGUCAGGCUCGUGCGAGUUCAAGACGUGCUGGAAAGCCAUGCCCCCCUUCCGCAAAGUGGGCAACGUCCUGAAGGAGAAAUUCGACGGUGCCACGGAGGUCGAACAGAGCGAGAUUGGAUCCACCAAAGUGCUGGUGCCCAAAAACUCCCAGUUCAAGCCACACACAGACGAGGACCUCGUCUAUCUAGACUCCAGUCCUGACUUCUGUGACCACGACCUCAAGAACGGGGUCCUGGGCACCAGUGGGCGGCAGUGCAACAAGACCUCCAAGGCCAUCGAUGGCUGCGAGCUGAUGUGCUGCGGCCGUGGCUUUCACACGGACGAAGUGGAGGUUGUGGAAAGGUGCAGCUGCAAAUUCCACUGGUGCUGCUCCGUCAAGUGCAAGCCCUGCCAUCGGGUGGUGGAGAUCCACACGUGCCGGUGAUGCACGCGGGGAGAGCGCCCACCUGUACCCUCUUUAACUGACCCUGCUUCUCCCUUGCCCCACAGCCAGGACUGAGGAAGUGACCCAGAUGCUGCAGGGAGAGCACAGCUCUUUACAGAGACAGAACCACAGAGAAAAAACAGAUUUUAAAGAAAAAAAUAUUUAAAGUUUAAAAAAACUGAUCAUUGUUGGCUUUUUUUUUUAUUUUGUUUUGUCUGCUUUGCUGUAUUUAUUGCUGAAGCCAGAGCCCCUUUGCUCUCUGGUUGUCUGGGGACCUGUGUGAUACCAGCUCCUGUCAGAUGGGCUCCUGCUGCUUUUGGAGUGCUGCAGACAAGAAGUGUUUAAGGCAAGGGUAGUGCAGCAUUUGAAAUAUU